GUAUUUUUAACUUGCGGUUCUUUUGCAGCAAACGAGGAAACAGGAAGCCCGCAUGUUGCCGGGCCAUGGACCUCCGCGGCAGGGUCAUGGGCCCCGCUAUGGACCUCCGUCCAACACGUCGGAAGGGUGGGAGGUCGUCGACCAAGAUGGCAUGACGAUGUCGGCCCGCGCCCAUGCACCGAGAUCCCCGCGGACGUCGUUGUUGACCAUCAACCCGAGCGCGACGCCCUCGACGCGCAACAAGCCCUUCAUGCCCCCGCGCGAUGGCAGCCGGUAUUCGGUGCCUAGCCACGUCGUGGACGAUCUCCUCACGGAGCAGCGCAUGAAGGCCCACCACACAGCGACGGCGGCGGACCCGCUCUCGCUCGGCAUGUCGGACGUGGAUCUCUUCGCCGACGACAAUGACAGUGCCCAUGGCUGGGGCACAGAUUCGCCAUCGCACUUGCUCGGCCACGACGAUGACCUCGAGUUUGAUGAUGACGACGAACCCACAACUGCUCCGCAAGUUGCGGUGGCGCCCGCGGUCGAGGCCGUGGUCUCGGACUGGCGAGCAGGCAGUGACUGCCUCAGCCCGACGGCGCCCGAGGGUGCGUUUGGUUCCGAGCUGGACUUUGGCGACGACGAACAAGAAGACGACAGCGCGUCGGAGGCUGCGUUUCCGACCAACGAGGCGCCCACCGAGAUUGCAGCGGCAGCCUCGAGCACCCAUGGCAACCAAUGGCAGUGGCAUGGCGAUGAACACAAAGAUACCGCUAGCAGUAUCUCGUACGGCGCCGGCUCGCCGUUGCGCUCGAUCACGCUCGGGGCGCCCGUGCCGUCGACGAAUGUUCUCGACCUCAACGAUGACGUCGAUGCCCCCGACAACGGGUGGGGCUCGACGGACGACCUCUCGCUCUCGUCGUCGCCGCGGUCCGACCGCAUGUCGCUGGAUGGCCCGCCGGACGCGUACCUCAAUGAACCCGACGUGACGCCUGUCGAUAUCACCGGUGCGGACGACCACACAGUGUUCGGGACCGAGAUUGCCGUGGCUACGGUGGAAGCAGCCGCGGCGCAUUCACAGUGGGACGAGCCGCCGGCCAUCGACGAGCCGCAUCCGUCGUUCGUGCACGACCAGCAAGAGGUCGCCCCACACGAUGUGCCACUCGCUACCGCAUUUACGGAUACCGACACGCCGGCAGCCGCGUGGUCCGCAGAUGAGUCGCUGGACAUUAGCGAGGACGAGAGUAGUGCUCCGGUGGUCGACGACGCGGCAACACCAGCCGUCGCAGCGGUCGCGGAUGCGCCUGAAGCAGGCGUCGAGCCCGUGGCUGCCGAGGACGUUGCUGCGACGACAUUCGAGUCGUGGAACGACCACGAAGCGCAAGAUGGACCGAACGCACACGCUACCUGGCACAACGACGAGACCGACGCACCGUCGAGCGAGAUGCCGGACCUCGCUGUCACCGCCGAGCCGCCCGAAGUCCACGCUCCCUCGUACGCGGAGCCGGUCGUGAAGACGGAAGCGCCCGUCGAGUUUGCCGAAUCGAGCCGUGACGUUGGCGGCGAAUUCGACCAUGAGACACACAAGGACGACUGGGAGCCGGCCGCUGACGCGGCCGCUGCGGACUCGCUCUUUGCGUCGGCAUCCGAAGUUGCGCUGGACGGCGAGGGCCAUGACGAGCCGAGCAUCAUGCCCGAGACUCAGCACAAGGACAUUAGCGCGGCGUCUUCGCACGAGGUUCCAGCCUCGGUGUUUGUGUCGGAAGCCAGCGACGGUACAUUUGCUCAAGAGACCAACCCGGACUACUUUGGUGGCGAGUUCAAUAACGAGUCGUACAACGAAGAGUGGAGCCCGUCGGUUGAAGAGGACGUGGUUGUGCCGUUGCCCGAUGCACGAGUGCCAGUCACGCAAGAGAGCGAGUCGACGCCAGCGACCGUUCAAGAGCCGGCUGGCGACGCAGUCUUAGCGCAAGACACCAACCCGAGCUUUGGCGGCGAGUUUGGCAAUGAUGCGUACAACAACGAGUGGGGCUGGAACCCGUCGAUGGACGAAAGCAACGACAGUGGCGUGCCUCAGUACGAGCAAGAAGUGGCGUCCGUGCAUGUCGAAGAGCUCACGGCCGAUGCGCUGUUCGUACCAGAGACAAACCCGGACUUUGGUGGCGAGUUUGGCAACGACUCGUACAACGAAGAGUGGGGCUGGAACCCGUCCGCCGACGAUGGCGCUUCGUCCGUAGUCAGCACGGACGUGACCGAACCGACUCUUGUUGAAGCGCCGACCGUCGAGACUGCCACCGUCAUACCCGAGACGAACCCCGACUUUGACGGCGAAUUUACCAACGAGCCGCACAGUGAAGAGUGGGGCUGGAACCCGUCAGUUGAAGACGAUACCAGCGUGGUUGCCGUCCCGCCGCCGACAACGGUGGAGUUGCCCGCUGCUGUUGUGCCGGUGGCAGAACCCGCGGCCGACGCGCUAUUCGGCCAAGACACCAACCCGGACUUUGGUGGCGAGUUUGGCAACGACUCGCACAACAACGAGUGGGGCUGGAACCCACCGACCGACGAAAGCAACAGCGAUGGCGUGCCUCAGUACGAGCAAGAAGCGGUACCAGUGCCCGUUGAAGAGCCCACGGCCGACGCGCUGUUUGGCCAAGACACCAACCCGGACUUGGGUGGCGAGUUUGGCAACAACUCGCACAACAACGAGUGGGGCUGGAACCAGUCAACUGACGAUGGAUUCUUGGCGUCGCCAGCUGCGCCUCCCAUGGCUGCAGUGGAGACACCCGUCGUGUCGGCUCCCACCGAUGCCCCGACUGUCGAAGCUGCCGCCUUUGUCCCCGAGACGAACCCCGUCUUUGGCGGCGAGUUCAGCAACGAGCCAUACAGCGAAGAAUGGGGCUGGAACCCGUCCAUCGACAGCGACCAUGGCUUCUCGUCGGCGCCAGCAGCACCUCUUGCCGUGGAGUCGCCGGUCGUCUCGGCGCCCGUCGACGAGCCCUCCGUCGACGAGAUGUUUGGCAACGACACGAACCCGGACUUUGGCGGCGAGUUUGGCAACGACUCGUACAACAACGAGUGGGGCUGGAACCCGUCGACUGACGAUGGAUUCUCGACGACACCGCCCGCCUCGGACACGUGCGUUGCGCCAACAGACGUCGCUACGGCGCCAGAAGAUAGCGCGGACGCCGCUUCGUUGUUUGCGUAUGCAUCGCCAGCGUUCGACCAGCCGCAGCAAGAGCAACUCGACACGACGCCUUUUGACGCGCACUCGGCGUCGUCCCUGUUUGGGCAUUCGGCCGUCGACGGCAGCGGGUUUGGCGGCGAUGAGCCCGUGUACGAUGCUUCACCCCGCGGCGACCAGCAUCACUUUGGCGCGUCCCACGACCCGUGGUUCCCGCAACAGAGCGAUGCGUCGGCAGACGUUGGCGAGGCCUACUAUGGGUCGGCGGCCAUUGGGCUGGCGCCGCCGGUCGCCGAAGACACGGCGGCAUCGUCGCUGUUUGCCGGCGCAAGCGACGAUGCUGCGGCGUCGUUCAGUCACGCGCCCGUCGACAACAGCGCCGACAGCCUCUUUGCAACCUCGCCGGACGCUCAAGACGUGUCGAGUCUGUUUGGCGCCUCGGCCGACAACCACGGCUUUGACGCUGGGUUUGAAGAGCACACGUAUGACUACGGCGCUGCCCAGCACGAGCACGCGUCUAUUGCGCAAAACCACUUUGAGCAGGCGGCGCCCCACGAGCAAUACCAUCACGACGCGUACAACUACGAAGGACAUGCGUACGGGGAGUCGACGGCCUUUGACGCGCCACCGAUGGCUGGUUUUGAUGCCGCAGCGCCGGGGUACGACGCGCCAGCCCCACUGUAUGAAGCUCCUGCUCCGGUGUACGAGGCACCCGAUCCGGUGUACGAUGCUCCCGAGCCGGUGUACGAUGCUCCCGAGCCGGUGUACGAUGCUCCCGAGCCGGUGUACGAUGCUCCAGAGCAGGCGUAUGACGCUCCGGCUCCGGUGUACGAGGCACCCGCGCCGGUAGAGGAAGCACCCGCGCCGGUGCAUGAAGCGCAGGCACCGAUGUACGAAGCUUCCGUGCAUGCAACAUCGUUUGAUGCUCCACCAGCGUCGAACGCGAGCCCGGCAUACGAGACACCAGUGGUUGCAUCGACAAUGCCGGUUUCAACGCCAGCGCCUGGCGUGUCGACACCGGCGCCAAAGACUGUCGUGGCCGCGCCUCGCUCGUUGCCGACAGCCUUUGCAGCGGCUCCGCCGUCGGUCACGUCCCCCGUGGUCGAGACGCCUUUUGUCUUUACGGGGCGUCCCGAGUCAUACAGCGAUAUUCCCGACUACCCCGACUACGACGGCAGCGCGGAGGUUGCUGCGCCGACCGCACCACUGCGUCUCGAGCUCGAGGCCGACGACGAUGACGACGUACCGAUGGCCGACUCGCUCUUUUCGCCGACCAAUGGCACAGAGAUUACGUUUGCGACCUUUGACGCGGCACCGAGUGGCUUUGGGCCGCCGAGCAUGGGCUUUAGCUCUGUGCCGACGGCGUUUGGGACCCCGGCGUCCAUUCACGAGCGACCCGCGCCGUUGUCGUACAGCAGUGCACCCAUCGAUGCGCAUGUCGGUAGCUCCGCGCCAAUUUGUCAUAUCGAGAACGCCAGCGUCGUCGCCGCCAAGCCAACUUUGCCGACGCCCUCGCACAAUGACGAGCCGAGCCACGAUGCGGCCGAAUUGUUCGAGUCAGCGCCCGAUGCAACCGGUUUCGGUGCUGCGGCAUCCGCGUUCGACGCCCCGUCUGCGUUUGACGCCCCGUCUGCGUUUGACGCCCCAUCUGCAUUCGACGCCCCGUCUGCGUUUGAUGCACCCUCUGGCUUUGACGAGGCGCCUCAGUUUGGCGAGUCGGCGAUGGCGGAUCCGUUUGCUGCGUCGUACCAGCAGUCGACGUAUUCUCCGCGCGGAGUGCAGACUGCGGCUACCUACGGCGCUCAAGGCGCGCCCUUUCACCAACACCAGGCCGCGUACCAGCAGCCCGCAGCCGCGUACCAGCAGCCCGCAGCCGCAUACCAGCAACCUGCAGCCGCGUAUCCGCAGCCAACACCAGUGCCCUACCAGCAGCCGGCGGCGACGUAUCCGCAGCAAGCGGCGCCAGUGCCGUUCCAGCAGCCAUUGCCGACGCCGUACCAACAGCCCGCGCCGGUUGGCUACACGGCGCCGCAAGCGUCGUACCAGCAGCAAUCGUACGCGACAAGCGCCAACGCGUACGGUCAACCCGCUGGCUAUGCACAGCCGUCGUACACGCCCGAGGCAGCACCCGCGUACGCGCCAGCGCCGGCGGCGUACGGGCACCAGCCUGGCCAUGCACCUUUGGCCAGCAAGCCCAAGAAGCCGUCGUUCUUUGUGCCCAAAGCGCAAGCCGCGCCAACGACAUCGUCGUCGUACGAGCCCGCACCGCCGCAAAUGAGUCGUGCGCUCAAGAAGCAGUACCAAGCACCGUCAACAACGACGCCGACGACGGCGCCUGUGCCCUCCAAGGCGCCGGUGCGGACGAGUCCGUCGUACAAGGAUCCGCGGGUGCUGCCGCCGUCGGCGCUGGUGACGUUUGGCUUUGGCGGCACGAUCGCGGCCAUGUUUCCCAAGCGCAAGCUCAAGCUCAACCAUUUUGCGCCGCGCAACAGUCCUCGGCCAACGGCGCACCAAGCGUCAUUCGAUGAGCCCGUGGACGACGGCGAGUUGCGCAAGGGCCCGAUCGUGCUGUACACGAUGGACCAGCUGCACCCCAAGGACGCGUACUGGCAGCGCAUCCAAGCCUUCCCAGGCCCGCUCGCGCAGCCAUCGACGACUGACGACGCCGUCUUAAAGUACUUGCAGAGCCAAGGGGCGUUGGCCGUCAGCGACGACGCCAAGCUUCUGUGGGAACUCGUCGAGGUGUUUGUCAAGACGCACGGUCGCAUUGCGACCCGCGACGCCCAAGCCCCCGAGAUCCUCGUCUUGCAGCUGCUUCAAAACACCCUCGCCCGGCGGCCGACAUUGUCGCACGACGUCCACACGCCAUCGAUCGUCGCCUCGCCCGACGCGUCGCACCGAAUGCGUCAGCUGCUGCUCGCCGGCGACCGCCAAGGUGCGAUCGAGGUUGCGACGGCCGCCAACAUGUGGCCGCAAGCGAUGCUGCUUGCGUCGUUUGUCGAUCCCGAGGCGUACAAGGCGGUCGUCCAAGCUUUUGUCGCGAGUCAAUAUACGCCGGCCGACCCGCUCCGGUCGCUCCUCUUGCUCUUUGGCGACUUGGGCGAGAAGAGCGUGCAAGAACCCGUGCCGUUGAACGCGGCGGCGUCGACGUCGGCCGCGUCACCGCUGCUCGCUAAUUGGCUCUCGCACGUGGUGAUGUGGAUCGCCAACCCGACUAAGGACACGAACGCGGCGCUCUUGAGCCUCGGCGACCGCCUUGCGACCGAAGCGCAGAACGUGUACGCCGCGCACGUGUGCUAUCUCUUGGCCGGCGCGCCGCUCGAAGCUCCGUCGCCGAGUGCCCGGCUCGUGCUCCUCGGUGGCGCGCACUCGGAGGCGCGGUCGUUUGUGCGGCCCGAGACGAUCCACUUGACAGAAGUCGUCGAGCACGUGACCAAGCCGUCGCUGCUCAUGCCGCUGCAGGGCUAUAAGUACAUUUAUGCGUCGCUGCUCGCGGACCUCGGGCGCUGCGACGACGCGUACAAGUACGUGGACGCGAUGCGCAAGCAGUUGGAAGCGAUCGGCGCCAAGCAAAAGCUGUCGCCGUACCUCGACAAUGUCAAGCUCCAGCUUGACGUCCUCGAAGACCGACUCAAGUUGCAUCUGGGCCAAGACCGCGUCGAAGCCGCGGCCGUGAAGGAGUCCAAGGGCCUCUUUGCGUCGCUCCGCGCCAAGAUCGACAAGAAGCUCGACGAAAUGGUCAACGACGCACCGCCGCCGCCAGCGCCCACGCAGCAACAUCCGUCGUCCGGCCCCCACUCGGGCCAGCAGAGCUUCCCACAGCACCUCUUCCCGCCCGCGCCAGGCUCCAACCACAGCAACUUUGGCGGGCCCGGGUCCAACCACAGCGGACCCAUGCACGGUGUGGCACCGGGCUCCAACUCGAUGCGCCACCAGUCGUCGUUUGGUCCGAGUUCCAACAGCAGCCAACACCAGCAGCAACAGCAGCAGCAGCAGCAGCAGCAGCACCACCAGCAGCAACACUUUGGCCCUGGGUCGUCGUCGUCGUCGGGGGUGCUGCCACCGCGGGCACCGAGCGUCGGACCCGUCGACGCGCCUGCCGUGGCCGCGACGCCGCACCCACCGCUGCAUCGGAGCCACAGCUUUACGCAAGAGUCCAACUCGUCCAAGCUUCCGGCCGAGUCGCCGCAGCUCAAGAAGGCAGCGACGGUGGACGAGCCCAAGAAGCCCGAGCCGUCGCCGGCCAAAGCCAAGGCCAAGACACCGCCGCCGAGCAGCACCGGGUCCAAGAGCGGGCGCAGCAUGUGGAGCUUUGUGCCUUCGUUGGGCAUCAAGGAGUUUUUGAUGAACAAGCUCGAGCCCGUCGGUGAUGCAAGCGUCGUCCAGCUGCCCGACAACGAGCCGCAGCCGUACUUUGACAAGGAGAAGAACCGGUGGGUGUUUCCGUCGGCCGGUGGUGUCGACGACGCCGAGGACGAAGCACCGUCGGCGCCGCCCACGAGCUUCCCGGCCCCCGCUGCCAUGUCGGCGCCCGCGUCCCAAGCCACGAACGACCCGCUCGCCGCCUUGAUGGCACCGCCGAGCCGCGGGCCGUCGGCGCCGGCGUCGCACGACGGCAACCCGCUGAACGCGAUGAUGGCACCGCCCGCGCGCACGGGCCUCUACGGGUCGCAGCGCGGGUCGUCGCGUGCUGUGACGCGCAAGCCAUCGGCACGGCCGCAGUACGCGGUCUUCAAGCCCGCGCCGUCGUCGACCGACGCGCCCGAGCCCGAGUCGUAAUACGCUUACUGUAGGAAGAAUAGACAUUUGCUUGUACAUCA